AUGCGCGGCGAGAGCUGUUUACGCUACCAUGUUGGCAGUACGUGGUGGCAUUACGAGUGGUGCUUCGAUCGCCACGUGCGUCAGUUCCAUCCAUUCCCAAAGGGCGAGAAUUCCGAGGAGAAGAGCAUCAUGCUGGGAGUAUUUGACCCACAAAAGCCACAGCCGUUGCGGGUUCUAGCCGUGGACAAUCUGGCAAGACUCACAGACCCGGACCGGAUGGGUUAUAUGGCGCAGCAACGUUACAGUGCGGGCGAUUUUUGCGAAGCUCGCGGCGCUCGUCGGUCUGUGAAGCUUCAAGUAAAGUGCUGUGCACUGCAUGACAAUGAAACGUACGUAGACUCAGUGGACGAGAAAGCGCCGUGUGACUACGAGAUGAACGUGUGUUCGCCCGUGGCAUGCGGCCUGAUGCAGAGAGAUCAGUUUGUGCUCACUGCACCGACAUACAUGAAGGAGGAUGAACGCAAAGCUUUGACCAAGACAGUGAGGGAGAUGUUUUAUCACGCGUACAAUGGCUACUUGACACACGCAUUCCCACAGGAUGAUUUACUGCCAGUUUCGUGUAAAGGUGGAGAGUUUGAGCUUGGACGACUGCCAAUGCUUACGCUGAUCGACACUUUGGAUACAUUGGCGCUGCUGGAAGACGCAACGGAGUUCAGAAGAGCUGUGGGAUUGGUGGUGGAGAAUGCAGACUUUGACUUGGACACGGAAGUCUCUGUCUUUGAGACGACGAUCCGAAUGCUAGGUGGACUGCUAUCGGCUCAUCUCUUCGCGGUUAAUACCGACCUGAAGCUGUUCCCAGAAGGUGGAUAUGACGGUUCUCUGCUGCGGUUGGCUGUGGAUCUGGGAGAUCGGCUGAUGCCUGCGUUUGAUACCGUAACGGGGAUUCCGUACGGCACUGUAAACUUGAAGCAUGGCGUGCCAAAAGGAGAAACGCCAAUUGCGUCGACUGCUGGUGCUGGGUCACUCUCAGUUGAGUUUACUAUGCUGAGUGUACUCACUGGAGAACCCAAGUACGCUGCUGCGUCUCGUGGAGCUGUUCGUGCGCUCUUCCAGCGUCGGUCGAAGCUCGGGCUGCUAGGAAAGCACAUCAACACGAAGACAGGGGAGUGGACGGAGACAUCGUCGGGUCCAGGGUCAAACUCGGAUAGUUUCUACGAGUAUCUGAUGAAGAUGUACGAGCUCUUUGGUGAUCGUGAGGCCUUGGAGAUGUUCGCGCAAGUUUAUCCGGCUGUGCUGGUUCAUAACAAACAUGGAGACUGGUACACCGACGUGUCCAUGUAUACAGGUUGCCAUCAUCACAGUGGGAGCUCAGCUAUAAUCUUCGAAAGCCUGGCAUCUUUCUGGCCAGGAAUGCAAGUUGCUGCAGGAGAUUUGAAGGUUGCAGCGGAAUCAAUGAACUCAUUCUAUCGCGUUUGGCGGGACUACGGAUUCCUCUCGGAGCAAUUUAACGUCGGUGAUUGGAAGCCUGUGAAGUCACGGGGUGGCGGUGGAGCGCGAUAUCCGCUGCGUCCAGAGCUGAUUGAGUCGACAUUUUACAUGCACGAAGCCACUAACGACUCGUCCUGGCUACGUGCUGGAGCUCACGUGAUUCAUUCGCUGCAAAAAUACACCAAGACCUCGUGUGGCUAUGCGAGUAUCGCCGAUGUUGAGUCCAAGAAGCAAGAGGAUGAUAUGCCGUCGUUCUUUCUUUCCGAGACGUGCAAAUAUCUAUAUCUGCUAUUUAACACAACCCAUUUCUUCCGUCAGGGCAACUACGUGAUGACCACAGAGGCUCAUCCACUACCGAUUCUUCCAACGAAGCUCGUUGAGCCGGUAUUACAAGCAUCCAGUGCGAGCAACGAUGUUGUAUACGACAAUCGGUACUCCCCUCAUCGAGUUAUGCAGUGUGAAGUACCCAAGUUUUACGAUUUUAUCGACUAUUCUGUUCAUUAUGAAGGCAAGGUCGUGGCUCCAGAUACGGACGCGAUGUCUGCUAUCGAGAAAAUUGCACAGGCUGCUUCAGAGAACGCCAAACCAACAACCAACGAGAAGAAGAAAUCGAUAGACACAGAGAGUGUGGCGUCAAAUGUGCUUCAGGAAUGGCUUCCAGCUUUGGAGGAGAAGCUCCGGAAAAUCGGUGGCAAGAAUAUUGACGAUAAGUGGCUGGAGAAGCUUCUGGAAGAGAACUCCCUCAAAUCAAAGCAGCCAACAACUGACCAAAACUCUCAGGGUCAAGUAGUGCAGUACUUGUAUGGUGGCAACCAACUCGGUGAAUUCCGAGUCGAGCAACUUCCAGGUCGUAUCGAGCAAGGCGAUGACUACCAUCCACCGUAUUUGUCGUGGAAUUACGUAUACAAGAUCAACGAAGACUUUACGCUGCCUAUGGAUCAGCGGUGUUCACUACGCGUUCAAGUUGGCUACACAUCUUAUCCUGGGGAGCUGCAACACAGUGCAAAGGGAAGCCCUCACGAUAAGGGCAAACCCAACGUGUGGUUGACUGUGCCUUGUGUUGGUGCUGGUUUCGGCGUGACGAGCACGUUCCAGGCGUCUCGUGCGUUCCCCGCUAGUGAACUGGUUCUCGCUGACCCAAUUGAUGCGUGUAGCGAGGUGACAAACUUGUCUGAGGAGAAUGUCCGAGGGAAGACUUUGAUCGUCCUGAGAGGAGAAUGUUUCUUCGAAAAGAAAGCACGGAAUGCGGCCAAGUGGGGCGCUGCCGGUGUCAUCGUGGUUAACACUGAAGACGACGACCUUGUAAUGGUUAUGGGAGGGAUGGAGGAGAACAGCGAACAAGAUACCGAUGAACCGUUGGGUAUACCUGUCGUGAUGGUGCCUCAGCGUCUGGGCGAGUGGUUCGAGGCCCGCUUGGCUGAAUCGAAGGCUUCUUCUUUGUCUCCUGUGAAAGUUAGCGUCGAGCUUACAAAGAAGACCAAGAGGAAUUCAUGGAGACGGCUCGUUCCCUAG